AUGAGCGUCCCGGUCGCCGAAUACUUGAAGAACAUGGAGGCUAUCGGAAGCGGGAAACUCAAUGGCUCUUCCACCCGGCCCGGCCCCUCUGAAGUACUUCAAACCGCCAAAGAGUUCGUCUCCUACCUCACCAAAGCGGUCACCCCAUUCCAUGCCGUUGCUGAAUGUGCCGAUCUCCUCCGUGCUUCCGGGUUCGAAGAGCUGAAGCUGGAAAACCCCUGGAAACUGACCCCAGGCGGAAAAUACUACUCUACCAAGAACAAUACAACCAUCUUCGCGUUUGCCGUCGGUGGAGCAUACAAGCCGGGAAAUGGCUUUAGCAUUGUCGCCGCACACAGUGACAGUCCCUGCCUGCGCGUGAAGCCCUCAUCGAAAUUCGAGGCCGAGGGUUGUCUUCAGGUUGGGUGCACCACUUAUGGCGGCGGGCUCUGGCGUACUUGGUUCGACCGUGAUCUGUCGGUGGCUGGAAUGAUUGUUGUCAGAUCGGGUGACGGACUCGAGCAUAAGCUCGUUGACGUUCGGGGGCCGGUGAUGUCGAUUCCCUCUUUGGCCAUUCACCUGCAGGACGACAAGUCGAGCAAGUUCGAAUGGAACAACGAAAACCAUUUGCGCCCGAUUUUGCUGACCGCCGCCGGGCCUAACAAAUCCGAGGACCAAAAGAAGAUGGCGUGUGGCAACCAUCAUCCCCAACUUCUGGCCGCCGUGGCCAAAUCCGCCGGCGUCAAGGAAGAAGACAUUUUGACGAUGGAUUUAUACCUGUACGACUCUCAGGAUCCGCGCAUCACCGGGAUCGAGCAGGAGUUUAUCAGUGGAGGUCGUCUGGACAACCAGGUGGGUAUGUACACGAGUAUCUCUGCGCUGAUCGCUUCACUAUCGGACGGUGCCCUGGCCACCGACACGAACAUUCGUCUUUCGGCUUGUUUUGACAAUGAAGAGGUCGGUUCGCAGUCCGCACAGGGCGCCGACUCGAUGUACAUUCAAUGGGUGCUGCGAAAGUUGGCUCACGACCCACAGAAUCCGCUGGCAUUCGAAGAGGCUAUCCCGAAAAGUCUCCUCAUUUCGGUCGAUCAAGCCCAUGCCUCGCAUCCGAACUACCGGGAAAAGUCUGAGGAAAAUCACAAAAUUCGUUUCCAUGGCGGCCCAACGAUCAAGGUGAAUGUGAACCAGCGUUAUGCCACCACCGCAACCACCAUGGCCGUCGUGAAAAAAAUUGCCGAAGAGGCUGGAGUUACGCUUCAAGAGUUCAUCGUGCGUAACGACUGUCCUUGCGGCUCAACCAUCGGCCCUAUGAUGUCGUCAAAUCUGGGAUUGGCCACGAUUGAUAUGGGAUGCCCUCAGCUUGCCAUGCACUCGAUCCGUGAAAUUGCCGGCACCUCGUCGAUCCUCCAAGGAAUUGCGCUUUAUUCGAAAUUCUUCACCCGUCUCCCCACCGUCCUCAGCAACACUAAA